AUGGAGGGUCAUAUCAAUGUUCAUAUACUUGAAGAUGUGGGCCAAAAUGGAAAAAUAGAACAAAAAGUCUUUACCAAAGAGCCGGUCAUACAUCAGCAUGGAGCCACUGUGAGCUUCCACAACAUCCAAUACAGCGUGACGAUGAGAAGUAGGUCCUGUAUGAAAAAGAGCAUCACUAAGGACAUCUUGGUGAACCUCAAUGGAAUAAUGAAACCUGGUUUAAACGCCAUCUUAGGCCCUACAGGAAGUGGCAAAUCUUCGUUUUUGGAUGUGCUUGCAGCAAGGAAAGACCCCACAGGUCUCUCUGGUGAAGUCCUGAUUGAUGGAUCUCCGCAGCCAUCUAAUUACAAAUGCCUCUCUGGUUAUGUAGUACAGGAUGACAUCGUGAUGGGCACUCUGACUGUGCGGGAGAAUCUGUGCUUCUCAGCUGCACUUCGUCUUUCAUCCUCCAUAAAACAGAAAGAAAAGGAGGCCAGAGUUAAUUGUCUCAUUUCAGAGUUAGGCCUCAGUAGGGUGGCAGACAUAAAGGUGGGUACUCCGCUGAUUCGUGGCAUCUCUGGAGGUGAACGAAAGAGGACCAGCAUUGGCAUGGAGAUGAUCAUUGAUCCUUCUGUACUGUUCCUAGAUGAACCCACAACAGGCCUGGAUGCCAGCACCGCCAACUCCGUUUUACUGCUGCUCAAAAGAAUGGCCAGUAAUGGACGUACCAUAAUCAUGUCCAUCCACCAGCCACGCUACUCCAUCUAUCAGCUGUUUGACAACCUCACAAUGCUUGUCAGUGGCAAACAAGUCUACCAUGGACCAGCCAAUGAUGCACUAGACUACUUUGCCAACAUUGGUUAUGUAUGUGAAGCCUAUAAUAACCCAGCAGAUUUCUUCUUGGAUGUAAUUAAUGGAGACUCCAGAGUCGGGCUGCAGAUUGUGGAAGAUAUAAAGCCUGAAGAGUCUGGAGACAUAAGGCAGAGCACGGAAAAGCAUCUUUUGGAGAAAUACAGGGAGAGCAACCAUGCUCUGGAAACCAAAGCUGAACUAGAGCGUAUCAUGAGGGGCAAAGAGUACAGCACCAAAACCAAGUCUCGCACCAUCACCUACAACUGUGGUUUCUUCCACCAGUUAAACUGGCUAGUGAAGAGGACAUUCAAGAACCUGGUGUUGAACCCGCAGACCGCCAUUGUGCAGUUGGCAGUCACCACUUUAUUGGCAUUCACUGUCGGUGCUAUUUUCUUUAAAGUGGAAAACAACCAGAGCGGAUUACAGAACAGAUUAGGAGCUCUGUUCUUCAUUAUAAACAAUCAUUGUUUCAGUACACUGUCAGCUGCCGAGCUUUUCAUUACUGAGAGGAAGCUCUUCCUUCAUGAAUACAUCAGCGGCUACUACAGAGUGUCUGUGUACUUCCUGUCUAAGAUUUUGUCUGAUGUAAUCACUCUGCAGAUGAUUCCUUCCAUAAUCUUCAGCUGUAUUGUCUACUUUAUGAUUGGAUUUAAGCACACAGCAGCAGCAUUCUUCAUCUUCAUGUUCACAAUGAUGCUAGUGGUAUGCACAGCCACAUCUAUGACCAUGGCCAUCUCCGUUGAUCAUUCUGUCGUGGCCACUGCAACUCUUCUAAUUAACCUGACCUUUCUCUUUAUGAUGAUUUUCUCUGGUCUGCUGGUGAAUCUGCAAAGUGUCAUGGCCUGGCUCGCCUGGCUUAAGUACCUGAGCAUCCCUCAUUAUGGUCUCACGGCUUUGCAGAUCAAUGAGCUUGUGGGACUGACAUUUUGUCACAAUCUCUCUGAUGCACUAACAUCCAACAGCACUGAAGGAAUCAUCUGCACAGGUGAGCAAUAUCUCCAGGCCCAAGGAAUAGACAACUCUACAUGGGGAUUAUGGAAGAAUUACAUGGCCCUGAUACUUAUGACCAUCAUAUUCCUCAUCAUCACCUACAUUAAGCUUAGGUUCAUGCGCAAGUUCUCCUGAAUCCUAAAACACCUUUCCUGUUGCGUUACUACAGCUUCUCUUUUCAGCAGGAUUUUAUGGGGUCUAUUCACAUUUUAUGGUGUCUAUUCACAUUUAAAGUAUGUUAAAAUGUGCUGUAUUUGGUUAAAGGUCCU